AAUUUUGUUUGGAAAACUAAUGAGAACCCUUUCAGAGUUUACAGCAUGUGAGACAGUCUGUAGUUUUAAUGCCGUUUCCCACUUUUGAUUUUCCUGUAAGAUUUUACUAAAUAAUCCUCAAUUUCAUAUAGAUUCCCAUGCGAGCUUGGUUUUGGCUCUUUUGUUAAGCGGGAGACACCUUUUGCGCAGAACUAAAGUCAGAACAGAGGCAGAUGCAAUAAAAACUGAUACAUGAAAAGAAAGGAAAUUCAAAUUUUACAUCCACUUUACAAAUGCUUUAUGUAUACCUCGUUACUAAGAUAACACACUUCUAAGAUGUAGUCGACUUCAGUCUAUACCUUUUGUAAAAUAUCUCUCCACCUCAGCUCUCAAGAACUAAUGCUAUGUAACUUCUUUCUUUGAGGAUACUUUAGGGGGGAUGACAAAGAGGAUUUUACCAAAGUACCAAAAUUAAAGUUCUUGAAACAAGCAAUCGCAAUGCCUGAAAUUUCUGUCCGUAAUGCUGACUUCUCAGAUAUUCCAAGUAUCCUUGAGCUAGUUCGAAUCAUUGGUCGCUACGUAAGCUUUGAGGAUGAACUUUUUUCCUGGAUGGCAUUAGACCCUCAAGCUGUAGUUAUUGCCGAGAGCAGCCAAUCUAAACAGAUUGUUGGUGCGUGUUCAGGUAUGGCCUAUGGGCCAGGUCGUGGUUUUAUGGGACUUUACAUGGUGAGAGAAGAAUACAGAGGUCGCGGAAUCGGGACACAGUUAUGGAAUAAGGCCAUGAAACAUUUAGAAGAUCGAAAUAUAGGCGUUCGAGGCUUGGAGAGUAUGUUCAGUGAGUACAGAGAUAAACGCGGUUUCCUCCACCAACCAGAUUAUGUCAUUUGCUACUACAAGUGUUCUGAAAGUUCGCUGAUAUCACCAAAACUGAAUCUUGAUAGCUUUGGAAUCGUUUCAUUGGUGGGUAAAGGAGUAUGGCCAGGGAAACCUGAACUGGUGGCAAACAUUCGGGAUCUGAAAAGUAAUCUUGCAGAAAGCACAACUGAGUGUACUUUGAGAGACAUCAAAAUUUCUUAUCUAGACACUGUUGAAAAUAUAAUAGUUCAAGAAAGGAAAGAUACCAUGGAAUCUGGAAGAUCCGUUGAAAAUUUACUAACUGAAGUGGUAAGUUAUGACAGAUUGUUGCAUGGCUACGAUAGGUCUUUUAUAGUUGCACAGACUCUAUCUUGGCGUUCCUGCAAAACGAAAAUCGCAAUAAUUAACGAGAAAGUCGUAGGUUACAUAUGCUUGAGACCAACAGUGGUAGGAUUUUGGAUGAUUUCCCCAUUCUACGCUGACUCAGAAGAUAUUGCAGAAUUAUUAUUGUUUUCUGUACUAUCCGAUGUGAACUUUUCGGAAAUAACUGAUGGAAUUGAAAUUCGAUUUCCCGAUAAAAAUCCUUACUGUCUGAAGCUUAUUCAAAAAUAUGGAUUUCGGGAUGAAAGUCUUCCAAUUUCUACCGGUUAUAACAAAACCUGUAUUGAGGUUGAUGUCUCAAGAAUAUAUUCCUUCCACGCUACAAUAUUUUGCACUGAAUGAUUUUAAAUCGCCCCAAACUCAUUUUACACUAAAUAAUAAUAUGUGUUAUUUUUCUUUGAAAAAUGUUUAAAGAUCGUUAUAAAAUUUAUAAAGUGCUUUUUUGUAAUUGUUUUGUUGUUUAUCAGGAAAAAAGUUUUUUUUUUAUUAGAUAAUUUUAAAUCCUUGUGCAGAUUUGUAUAAUCAUUGUUUUAUUUCUAUGCAUGAUUAAAUCUAUCUGUCAGGAUUACGCAGAAGUAGACUUAAUGUAUUUUAUUGAUAUGACAAUAAAUUUGCAAUUUAUUAAA